GCCGCUAACAAUUUCCUUUCUGAUUCCGAAUGAAUAAAUAAAGCUCAACCGCCAUAAACAACAGUGCAAGAGCACACUUCUUAGUUUAUUCAUCUUAUUUAUUUAAUUUUUUUUCCGUCAAUCGAAAGUAAAAGAAGGAAGGAUCAAGAAGGGUCUUCGCUGCGAGUGGUAGUACGCAUGGCUGGGACUAAGGGUUUUCAAUCUGGGUACGACAACGAAGCGUUUGGCUUUGGAUUUCAACUGACUUUCUAACUCAGUCCAAGAAUUGACGCUGUAACCACAGUUAAUUCUUGCCGGGCCUAAAGGCCAGGGUAGAAUGCUCCAUUCUGAGGAGUUACAGAGUUUCUUGGGCGACAAAAUUACUCUUUGCUAGUGCAAGACCCACAUGUCGAUGCAUCAUCACUUCUUUAAGCUGGUGUUGCUCCAACUUUGCUGAGAAGGGAAACUUUUCUGACAUUAUGAUGUCCUUGGCGGCAUCUCAUCUUAUAUAACGAGGACAGAAACAGAAGACACCAGAUCUAUGAGAAAUGACGGAAGACACUAGAUCUAUGAUUAAUGACAAGGUUGAGAAGCUCUCAGUUCCACCUGGUUUUGUGUCUCUGUCGUCCUUCACACUGAAGAAUUUAUCAAGUAAUGAAGUGGCAUGUUCUUCAAUGGCGGUUGGGGAUGCGUUUCAAACAGAGCUAAGCCCAGUGGGCUUUACCCCCACCAUGGACAAUAUUGCAAUGUUCAAGAGUAAUCUCAGUCAUAGACCAUGGAUUCUUUAUAAUCAAUUUGAUUACAAGUCAAAUGAAUCUGAUUCUGAACUUGAAAUGAAUUUUCCCUUGAGAGCUUGCCUGCCUAAAGGAGUGGUCCGAGGAUGUUCAAGUUGUCCUAAUUGCCAGAAGGUUACUGCUCGGUGGCAUCCUGAAGAAUCUCAUAGGCCUGUACUUGAAGAGGCACCAGUAUUCCAACCUAGUGAAGAGGAAUUCAAGGAGUCACUUGAAUAUGUUGCAAGAAUACGUCAAAAAGCAGAGCAGUUUGGAAUAUGCCGAAUUGUGCCUCCUCCUUCCUGGAAACCACCAUGCCUUCUCAAAGAAAGGAAUAUAUGGGAGACUUCUAAAUUCAAGACCCAUAUUCAACUGGUUAGUGACCUUCAAGAUCAAGGUAUAAAGAGAAAUCUGGAUAGAAGUCACAAGGAGGCAAAAAUUAAGAGGAGGAGAGUUUGGAUGAGGAGUUCUGGAGAUGGAUCUUUGAAUGAAAUCUCUACAGAUGCUAAUGAAGUUCAAUCUGAGGCUGAGAGCUUCAUAUCCAAAUUGGGGCCUGAGUUGACUCUAGAAGCUUUCAAUCGGUAUGCUGAUGAUUUUAAGAGGCAGUACUUCUGUAAAAGGGAAAAUGCUAUAAAUUCAGAUGCUAACUUGACCGUGCAUGAAGAUGGAUGGGAGCCAUCAGUUGAAAAUGUAGAGGGAGAAUAUUGGAGGAUAAUUGAAAAUCCAAUUGAAGAAAUUGAGGUUCUUUGCUGUGCCAACGUUGAAACUGGAGGAUUUGGAAGUGGGUUUCCAGUACAUUCUAAUUCAAUGGGAUUACCAAAUUAUCCUGAAUAUUGUGACUCAUGUUGGAACUUGAAUAAUAUUUUCAAGCUUCCUGGUUCACUCCUUGGUUAUGAAAAUCGUCAAACUUCUGCAGCUUUACUGCCUCAUCUUUCCUCAGGGAUGUGCUUUUCCUCUGUUUGUUGGAAAGCUGAAGAGCAUCAUUUGUAUUCCCUUAGUUACAUUCAUUUCGGUUCCCCUAAAAUAUGGUACGUCAUCCCAGGAGGAUAUUGCUACAGGUUUGAGAGAGUUGUCAAGAAGCACCUCCCGCAUUGUCUUGAGCAUCCUGAAUUGCUGUAUAAGAAUAUCUCUCAACUUUCCCCCUCUACCUUAACGGCAGAGGGCAUUCCUGUCUAUCGCUGCGUGCAAUAUCCGGGAGAGUUUGUUGUUACGUUCCCUGCAGCAUACCAUUCACAAUUUGACUGUGGUUUCAAUUGUUCUGAGACUGUUAAUUUCGCUCCUUUUGACUGGUUGCCUUUUGGUCAGCAUGUUGUAGAAAUGUACUGUGAGCAAGGUAGAAAGACAUUGAUUUCUCAUGAUAAACUGCUGCUUGGUGCUGCCAUGGAUGCAGUGAGGGAAAAGUGGAAAUGUGAACUGCUUAAAAAGAAUGCAAGUGUUUGUGGAAAAGAUGGGAUCCUAACAAAAGCACUCAAGUUACGGGUCAAACAGGAGGCCAUCAGGAGAGAAUAUCUUUGCAGGGGUUUACAGUUGCAAAAAAUGGAGGAUGACUUUGAUAGCGACAAAAGGGAUUGUAGCACAUGCCUCUAUGAUCUACAUUUUUCUGCCAUAGGGUGUUCAUGUUCACCAGGCAGAUACGCAUGUCUGCUACAUGCAAAGAACCUCUGUCCUUGUCAUUGGACUGCCAGAUAUCUCCUCUAUAGGUAUGAGAUCUCUGAGUUAAAUCUCCUGGUUCAAGCUUUGGAAGGGAGGUUGGACGCCAUUUAUCAUUGGGGUAAAAAGAAACUUGAUUUAAGGGUGAGUUCUGACGACUUGAGGGAGUUGAGGAACCGUGGCGAAGUGUCUGCUUCCGUAAAAUCUGCAGCAACCAGCACUUUAUCUCAACUUCUGGGGCCAAAAGAACUAGUGACUGGACAGGUAUGUAGAAAGGAAGAAGAGGAGAAAUAUGAUUUACAGAAAAUUUCUGCUGGCAGCGGUAGCAGGCAAGAUACUCAGGAAUGUAUAGACCCAAACUUUGGCAACAUAACUUCUAAGAAAGGAAAAUUUGACAAAUCUCAAACCGUUCAAAAUGAAGUUAUUGUUCUUACUGAUGAUGAGGAUUGAGUGGGAAUGGAUGUAUGCAGAACAAUGGUCGAAUUUAUGGAGCAAAUCUGUAUAUACCUGAUUUAAAAUGUUAUAGAGGUAGGUUUCCAUAUCUUUGUUUGAGGUCGGCAACUUGAUAAAGAAAUGCAGCGUGUUGUGCUUGGAAGAAGUCUUGAGGUUUAUUUGAUGAGAAGGAACUCUUUUCAAUAGUCCGUUCAGCAUGCUUGCUUGACAUGUCCAGAAAAGCAAUUUGCUGGUUCCUGGGCAGUCAAUAGGAAUGGACGUUGCCAAAGGGAGAUUCUGGAGUGAGUUCACUGCAGAGAUGGGAUGACAUGAUACGGAAGCAACUAAACUGUUCGGGGGAUGUUCGUUUACAUUGAACAACUGAAAGGAACAGAAAUUUAUUUUCCAGGAAAAGAAAGACAAAAAGUUCAAGAAAUGUUUGCCCAACAAAAAUGCUGGCUUUUGUUUUGCUCAAAUUUCUUUGCUAAAUAGGUAAUUUUUGAAAGGAUAGUUUUGGUUUAGCAUUUUUUUUUUUUUUGUUGUUGGAAAGAUGGCUACUGCUAAUCCCAAUGCUAUGUCUUGGACGUAACGAAUUCAUACUUAUCUCGGUUUAAGGUUCAGCAACAUUGUAGACGUUUAAGUGCUAACUGCAGCCAAUAGGGUGCAGAAUUCGGGACUUUAGAUUGUUUGCAUCAGUCAAAUCGAUCGAACAAGUUUAUAACCAGCGAUGAUGCAGGCGGAAUGAUGCAGGAGGAAAUAGAGCCGACGACCGGGGGGAACCAUCUGAUGAUGUUCUCGAGGACAUGAAUUGAGAGAUUAUAUGUCUUCCAAAGAAUUACGAUAAUGGUGACGAAGAUGGAGGGACGUAUUUUAUUAAGAGAAUGGUGGGAAGCUUACUUCUAAAGACAAACACUACCGCAACAUCAGCGCAUUAUACAAACAUCAACACAUGCAAACGAAGUUAUACGGCUUCCUGACCAAUUGGAAGUUGGAACCCGGAAAUUGCUGCUGUAAUCUAUUCUUACUCAACAGUACGCACCAUUUCUCAAGAACCAAUCAGUAAUCGUCACGAAAGGAGCGGUGGACCUCCUCCUUGGUCGGUGGUGGUGGUGGUGGCAGCGGCCGCUGUGUCAUAAUUAAAAGCCAUCAUCAUGAGUCUGAAGUCUGACUGAGUAAGCCGCGGUGUGCGUGCGUGCGCUUGUAAUGUACUAAUGCGUAUUUAUUUUUGCUUUUGGUUUGUUUUUUUCUUCAUCUGGUAGAAGUACGUUCGUUAUGAUAUAGAAGGGCUAGCCUUUGAGCAUUUGACAGAAAGCCCUGCGGAGGUGAAGGCGGGGGCGGGCCGGCUUUGGAAGAGCCAGAUUAUUGUGACAACUCAGAACAGUACCAUUACCAUUAUGUGAGUGUCAGUAACGAAAGAAAGCAACAGAAAAGGGCACUCAUCGGUCGGGAGGGAGGGUGGUCCUGGUUUCAUUCCUCCUCUUCCACAUCCUGGUAGUUCCUCCUGAGCCUCAUCACGUUCGCUGCCAAGUUUCUGUGUUAAAUUUUUUUUAACCAAAAAAAAAAACAAAGAAGAAGAAGAAGAAGAAGAAGGAAAAAGUGCUUUGGUUUGGUCCAAAGGGACAAAGCAACUUUGCAAGCUUUUGGAAUUUGGACUUUGGUGGCUGACUGAAUGCGGAAUGCCCCGUGUUUGUGUGUGUGCAUCAUUCAAUUCGGGGCAGCGAGGUACAUAAAAGCUUGGAAGUGGGACGAUUGACCAACGACGACGACGGCUAUAUGUAUCAUUUCAGAAACCUCCCCUGUGAUUUGUAACGAUUGCAGCCAUCUCUCUUGAAGUUUUGAAAAA